UGUCAGUUGUCAAUAAUUUAUGCAUUUAUUAUUCUUUACUGGUUAUUUGACGUGUGAUUCUAACGCAGGCUUUUCUAAAUUGAUGGAGACUGUGCGUAAAGAUGCUUAAUGUGCCAUUUGGACUGAUAAACCGCAAACCUAAACGUACAUGACAGCGUUUGUUGAUUGGUAUUGUAGGCUGCUGAUGUAUAUACACUUUUAAUUUGAUCCUAAUAAUAUGAAAAGCGUUUAGAGUUAAGAGAUAAGUUGGCUGAGGACACAAAAAACACGCGGUAAUGUUUUUAUUUACGCCAUUACUUCCCGGUACUUCCCGCCAAUAUGAUGGCUUUGCGCGUUUUUGGCGUGGUUUUGGCGCAUACAUGUGUUAUGCGUUACAUUUACAGAAGCCUACGUUAAGUGGCUGUAACCCUUGACCAGUGUUACCCUAUAUCCCCUUCUGAUAUUACACUCUACCCUUUAGGUCGCCAAACUGCAAAUAAUUGUUUUGUAACAUUGUAAUUGAAUGACUGACCUACUUUUCCAGAAGGCUUGUUUUAGACUUAUACUUAGACAAACUUUAUUGAUCUACAAGGGAAAUUAUGUGGACACAGUAGCUCACACCUCACAAUAUAAUAUAAUAACAAAUAGUAAAAAAAAAUAUCAAUUGUAAUAAUACAUGUUAAAUAAGUAGCAAAAAAGAUGGCAAGAGACAGGCACAAUUAUAUAAAUGUAUCUCUACAAGUCAAAAUAAAAUAGAAAACUAAGUAAUAUACAAGAGGUCAUAGGAAGAUAUUGCAAAAAAUAUGAUUGACAGGACUUAGGGUUACAUAAGGGUGAAUUGUAGUAUGAUAUGAAUGUAGUCCUCUCUGUAUCUCUAUAUGUCUCACUGGUUGAGUGGAGCUGUAGGAGCCUGUUGGAGAAUGAGCUCCUCAAUCCCUCUAUAGUCUGGUGCAGUGGGUGAACAGGAGUGUCCAUGAUGGAGAGCAGUUUGUCCAGUGUCCUCCUGUCCCUCACUGUGACAAAUGUCAAAUGUCUCCAGCUCACAGCCGAUCACAUGACCAGCUUUACGGAUCAAUUUGACUUUUUUUUUUUUUUCCAUAUGUUGAAGGUUACCAAGAUCAGUAUGAAAUACAUAUUGGUUACUGGAGGCGUCAUAUCUGGCAUUGGUAAGGGUAUUAUUGCCAGUAGUGUGGGUACCAUCCUCAAAUCAUGUGGACUUCAUGUUACCUCCAUCAAGAUCGACCCAUAUAUCAACAUAGACGCUGGCACAUUUUCACCCUAUGAACAUGGUGAAGUGUUUGUCCUGGAUGACGGCGGUGAAGUAGACUUGGAUUUGGGGAAUUAUGAGCGUUUCUUGGAUAUACGCCUCACCAAAGACAACAAUCUUACAACAGGGAAAAUCUACCAGUCUGUUAUCAAUAAAGAAAGGAGGGGUGACUACCUGGGCAAAACAGUACAAGUGGUGCCCCAUAUUACAGAUGCUAUCCAAGAAUGGGUUAUGAAACAGGCCAAGGUUUCUGUAGACGACGAUGGUGUGGAGCCUCAAGUUUGUGUCAUAGAGCUGGGAGGAACAGUGGGAGACAUCGAGAGCAUGCCUUUUAUAGAAGCUUUCAGGCAGUUUCAGUUCAAGGUCAAGAGGGAGAACUUUUGCAACAUCCACGUCAGUCUGGUCCCACAGCCUAACACCACUGGAGAGCAGAAAACCAAACCAACCCAAAACAGUGUACGGGAACUCCGGGGUCUGGGCUUAUCUCCUGAUUUGAUUAUGUGUAGAUGUACCACAGCCAUAGAAACUGCUGUCAAAGAAAAGAUUUCUAUGUUUUGUCAUGUGGAGCCUACACAGGUCAUAUGUGUGCAGGAUGUUUCCUCUGUGUACCGCGUGCCUCUGCUCCUUGAGGAACAGGGCGUAGUCAGUUAUUUCUGUGAGCGGCUGAACCUGCCCGUCGAAAUGAGGCCCCGAAGAAUUCUCUCAAAAUGGAAGGAGAUGGCAGACAGGUCUGACCGCCUCCUGGAGCGCGUUUCCAUAGCGCUGGUGGGAAAGUACACAAAGCUGUCUGACUCCUACACCUCGGUCAUCAAGGCCUUGGAACAUUCUGCACUGGCCAUUAAUCAUAAACUAGAGGUCAAGUAUAUAGAUUCUGCUGACCUGGAGCCGGCCACUCAACAGGAGGACCCAGUCAAAUAUCAUGAAGCGUGGCAGCACCUCUGUAGUGCCCAUGGUGUGUUGGUACCUGGAGGGUUUGGCGUCAGAGGGACAGAAGGGAAGAUGCUGGCUAUCAACUGGGCCAGAAAGCAGAACAAACCAUUUUUGGGGGUCUGUCUGGGCAUGCAGCUGGCCGUGUGCGAAUUCGCCCGCAAUGUCUUGGGAUGGGAAGAUGCCAACUCCACAGAAUUUAAUCCUGACUCCAAACACCCAGUGGUGAUUGACAUGCCUGAGCACAACUCCGGGCAGAUGGGAGGGACCAUGAGGUUAGGGAAGAGGCGUACCAUUUUUACCUCUGCUAACAGUGUUAUGAGAAAGCUAUAUGGAGAUGUGGAGUACGUCGAUGAAAGACACAGGCACAGAUUUGAGGUGAACCAUGAGCUGAAGCACCAUUUUGAGAAAAAGGGCUUCCAGUUUGUCGGCCAGGAUGUGAACGGGGAAAGAAUGGAGGUCAUAGAGUUAGAUGAUCAUUGUUACUUUGUGGGAGUGCAGUACCAUCCAGAGUUCACGUCCAGACCCAUCAAACCCUCUCCUCCAUAUUUCGGUCUUCUCCUGGCAGCUGCUGGGAAACUACCAGGGUACCUGGCCAAGGGCUGCCGUCUCUCCCCAAGAGACACUUACAGCGACCGCAGUGGCAGUAGCUCUCCUGAUGAGGACCUGUCUGAACUCAAGUUUCCCUCUUUGUCGUGAGAUCCUCUCCUGCAUGAACUAAAACCAGUAACACGAAUGAAAUGAACAAUGCAAAAAACGUUACACACACUGAUGAGCAGAAUGUACCACUCCUUAACUUAUUAGUUUUUUAAUCUUCUGAGACAAAUGCAGUUUUUCAGAUAGGCGUGUUUUUAUAUUGUCAUUCAAACUACUGCAAUAAGAAUAAGGGUAUCUUAUGUAAAUGUUAUGUUUUAGGAUUUUAAUACUGUGUGGUGAAUGUAGGGUUUACACACAAAUUACUGUUUAUCUAUUGGAAACCAUUCUGUCCUCAGUUGUUUGACUUGAAUUUAUCCAACCAGGGAUAUUUAUGUUGUUACUCUGGGCCUGUAGUUAUGACCUUUGUGUCUGAAGCCAUUUCCUGCUUAUAUCAACACAUUUUGUUUACAUAUGGCUGGCAUAGCUGAGAAGAAACAUGCAUUAUUCAAGUCACAAAGCAAACAAAAUCCAAAGUUAAAAUAUCUUAUAGUAUAAUAACCAUUAAAAAAAAAUGAGACACCUUACAGUUUUAUGUGGAGGUGUCAGACAAUGUGUUGUAAAAUAUGGACCUCAACCUCAAGUGCUGGGAUUAUUUUGGUAUUUUAAAUAUUAUAAUAAGUGCUAUAUUUAAAUUGUACUUUCUUGGAUGCAUGCAAAACAUAUAAAACUAUAUUUGCUUUAA